UGAAAAGGAGGCAAAGAGAAAGGAACGUGAGAUCCUCCCCAUGUUGUGUUAGCAGGUAUCUAGCUGGCUAAUAACUAGCUAGCAAGACGGCUAAGGUUAAGCUAGCUGCAUUUAUGGCUUGACAUUAAAAUGUAACUUUCGAGUGAAAUAUAAAGGUUUCUCUUUUUCCAAGUCUUUUCAGGUUUUCAUGCUCAAAAUCACACUUAAUAUUGUAGUCCACAACAAUGCCAGGAGACAACUUUUGAGUUUCACGGACCUGGUCCUUACGACGACAGUGCAGACCCAGAGAGAGGCACCGCCAUCUGACAUCCUAGGUCUGGAAGAUUAUGACCCAGUACCAACCACAGUCCAACCGUUCCAACUUCUUCACCGUGAAAGCCGAGGCCUCCUCAACACCACCUCUCGCCACCAGCAUGGCCAAUAGCAGCGCCGCCGCUCCAGGGAAGGUGAUGGGCACACCUGGCCCUGCCGGCAGAAUCAGCCCAGAAGGAAGUCAGGUGUUGAGUAAAAAGAAGCUGCAGGACCUAGUAAGAGAGAUUGACCCCAAUGAGCAGCUCGAUGAGGAUGUGGAGGAGAUGCUGCUGCAGAUUGCAGAUGACUUCAUUGACAGUGUGGUGACGGCUGCCUGUCAGCUGGCCCGCCAUCGCAAGUCCAACACCUUAGAAGUGAAGGACGUCCAGCUACACCUGGAGCGCCAAUGGAACAUGUGGAUUCCUGGCUAUGGUUCAGAUGAGAUUCGGCCGUAUAAGAAGGCUUGUACCACAGAGGCCCACAAACAGAGAAUGGCAUUGAUCCGCAAAACAACCAAAAAGUAGCAAGACCUGGAACCAGCCUCGCACAAACACUCUGUGCUCUUUGUCUUUUCUCUGUGUAUUUCUAAUAACGGGAGACAUUCUUUCACCCACGUCUUCAUCUCCCCCAGGUUUUGUGUGUGAUUGGUCAGCUCCAUCAUCACACAAGUAUUUUGAUAUCUUGACCUUUUUAAUGCUUUUCACCACAAACUGGCCAAAAUCACACACUCCUCAUUCAGUGUAAAUGUACACUCAGGUAUGGAGUGUUGUUUUUGGACAGUGUUUUGUUUUUGGAAUUAUCUGUUCAACUUUACUUUUUCGUUCAGGGGGUAACCACCAAACACACACCUUCAAUAUGGUGGUGGUUACCAUACUCUUUACCACUUUUUUUUAUUUUAUUUUGUCUGGCAUGCGUUUGUUGUGUGUUUAGUUUUUGUCACAUAAACCCCCUUCAUCUAACAUCAGAAAUGUACACCUUUUGCAGUUAGUUAGUUUUCAGGAUACUGUCAUGGCACUAUGUUUUUGUGUGCUGUAGGGAUCUGAUGUCAUGUUCAUAGUUCAUUAGAAAAUUACCCAGGACAUUGUUUUUCAUAAGAUGUCAACAAUUAACUGAUUAUUAUUCAAAAAUAAUAAGUAUGUGAAGUAUUGCUUGUAUCGCCAGACUGCAGUGAGAUGGGGUUGGGUAAUGGUCCUUAUUUGGGGAUGUGUAGGGAAGCAGUAACAUUUAUUUUACUUUAUAUGGCAGUGUUUUAGUUAAACCUGUUCUUUUUAUUCCAUAAAUAAAACAAGAUUCAUAUUUCA